GUAGUCAGUGCAUUGGCCGUUCGCAUUCUCUUUUUCUUUCAUUGUUCUCCCUCAUUUCUCUGCUGAGUGAGUCCUGGCCAUUUCCAACCCUUUCACCCACGCGGCCAUCUUACGAACCCGAACCCGCUUCGACACUUCCAGUUCCCACGGAAUCCACGGUGUAUUAUCUCUCCACCACAAAUCCAACCAACGGUGUACCUCAAACACCCCUUGUCCACCACCCUUAGCCCGUGCCGGCAUCGCGCGCGCGCGCCCAUGGAGAAGCGUACAAGGCGCCUCGGUCACAAAAAGUCGAGGAACGGUUGCCAGCGCUGCAAAGCACGUCGUGUCAAGUGUGACGAGGAACGACCGUGUCAGAAGUGUGUUGCCCAUGGGGCACACUGCAGUCUACUCGACCGUCCCGCAUCGGUAACGGCGCCUCUCACGCCACCCGCCGCAGCCAAGCUUGCUCAGAAUGCGCAACGAUACGCACCCAUUCAGGCCGCGGCAGCGGGGGUGACAACCUCGUCCACCUCGUCUUCGCAGCAGUCAAAUCAUGGCGUGCAAGAAGCGGCGAGUGAAGCAGGUCUCACCCCCAACACAGCAGUGAGAAGCACUCCUCCCUAUCCCGGGGGUGAAGCGGCGCCAGAUCCUCGCAACCCCGCCGCAGAUCCCUGGGAUCUCUCGGAGGAUUGGCUACAGAGUUUACGCCUGAUGCACCACUACAGCACCAGUACCCGGCACGUCCUGCCAAAAGAUGCCUGUACCGAAGAGCUCUGGAAGACGGCUAUACCCGAGAUGGCUUGCUCUCACAAAUUCCUCAUGCACGGCCUGUUGGCCUUAUCCGCCCUCCAUUACGCACACAUCCACCCGCAAGAGCGGAAAAAGUACGACAUCAUCUCGGUGAACCACCAGAAUGAGGCACUGCGCUUCUUCGCCCUCCGUCUAAACGACAUCAACAAGGACAACUGCGAGGCCUACUUCUUCCUGGCGACGCUUAUCUUCAUUGUCAGCAUCUGCUCCGUGGCACACAGCGAGGGCUUCGGCAGGCAAAUCACGCUCAGCGACGUCUCGCAGUCCUUUUCCCUCCUUCACGGCGUCAAGGGCAUCCUCGACUUCCAGCCCAUCGAGGCAUGGAGGCAGCGCGGAGGUCCCCUCGACGCCCUGCUGCGUCCGCCCGUGCUGACGCAGGGCGGCUGGGUAUCGACGUCGGCCUUCCAGAAGCGCCUCGACGCCAUCACCUCGCUGGCGAGAGAGGUGCCCGCGUCCUUCACCGACGUCAUCAACCCGCAGUCCGUCUGCGUGCUGGCGCUGGAGGGGCUGCGGAGGGCGCACCAGAUGAGCAAGGGCGCGGGGGAGAAGCCCGGCGGGGUGUGGGGGUGGUCGGCUACCCUGCCCGCCAUGUUUAUCGACAUGGUGGCCAGCGGGCACUCUACCGCGCUCGUCAUCCUGGCGCACUACGCCGCUCUGGCGAAGCCGUGUGAGAAGACCGACUGGCUUUGCGACGGGUGGAGUAGCGCGGUGAUGCGCUUGAUUGAGAGGACGUUGGACGACGAGUGGAAGCCGUGGAUUGAGUGGCCGAAGCGGAGCGUGGUUGAGAGGAUUGACGUUGACGAUAUGGAAGUUUGAAUUGAUACCCCCCCAUUCCUAGUAUACCGUCUAUAACAGACCCUUGAACGUAAAUCUCAAAAAAAAAAAAAAAAAAAAGGAUACAAGUCCAGAAGCAUCACGGAAAUUUCAAGCGCUAUAUGUACAUUGGAUGUUGCCAAAUUUU